AUGUCAACCCCAGGAGCUGGUCAUGAAUUCCCUCGCCAGGAGGUGUCCUGGCUCAAGCGGGACGCUCUACUUUUUGCCUACAGUAUCGGCUGCAAGGCCGAUGAGCUGCAUUUUCUCUACGAGCUCCAUCCGAACUUUGCGGUCUUUCCCACGUAUCCUAUAAUUCUUCCGUUUAAGCUCACUGAUCAAGAAGUAACGGACUUCUAUGCCCGUUCUGGCGGAUCCCCUAUCCCUGGUGUUCCAAAGUUCGACUAUCGUCGCGUGGUUGACGGCCAGCGCAAGCUCACCAUCCUUAAGCCCUUGCCCCCCACGAGCGAGGGUAAGAAGUUCGAGUUGCGCAACAAGGUCAUUGGAGUCUAUGACAAGGGCAAGCCUGGCACUGUCAUCGAAACCGAACAGACUAUUGUGGAUAAGGAGACAGGCGAGAUCUACUCAAGAACUGUUAGCAGCGGUUUCUUCGUUGGCCAGGGUAACUGGGGUGGACCGAAAGGCCCCAGCAAUGCCAACUAUGCCCCACCUGAAGGCAAGCAGCCAGAUGCCGUUCAUGUAGUACAAACGACUCCGGAGACAGCCCAUCUCUAUCGACUCAACGGAGACUACAAUCCUCUACAUGCUACUCCCGAGCCUGGCGAGAAGAUGGGCUUCGGUGGCGCCAUCGUCCAUGGCCUCUUCAGCUGGAAUUCCGCUGCCCAUGGUGUUCUGCGAGAGCUCGGUGGUAGUGAUCCGAAGAAUCUUAAGGAGAUUCAAGCGCGCUUUGCUUCGCCAGUUAUACCUGGUGACAAGCUUAUCACUGAAAUCUGGAGGACGGGCAGUCUCCAAGAUGGUUAUGAAGAAAUUCGAUUCGUGACCAAGAAUGGUAAGGGCAAGGCAGUUCUGAGCAAUGGCCGCUGUCUGAUGAAGGUUACCAACCCAAGAAGCAAGCUAUGA